AACGAGACGGCGUGGAGCGUUGUUCCGUCGCUUUACGGAGAGUUUACCGAAUAUAUAUUUUACUCAGGUGGUUUUCUUCACUUUUAAUUAAUCGUAAGAUUACAACUAUACUCCGACUGUGCUACAAAAAUCUCCUGGUCGUAAAUAAAUACGGCUAGAUACUGUAUUUGCUACUGCUGAGACGUACGUCUUCGUGUCCGCCAUGUUAGGUAGGUCAACGUUGACAACAGGCGAUUAGAGACCACAGUCAAAAAUGCCGGUGUCGUGUUCGGCUUAUGGCUGUAAAAACAGACGAACCAGUUUAAGUAAACAUCGAGGGAUAACUUUUCACCAGUUUCCCAAAAAUCCUGAACUCAGAAAAGCCUGGAUCUUAGCUUUCAGACGGAUGGACUUCAGGCCAUCCAAUAAAACUGUCCUCUGCAGCAAUCACUUUAAUAAAGGGGAUUUUGACAGAACUGGACAAACUGUUCGAUUGAGGGAAGGUGUGAUACCUUGUGUUUUUGCAUCUUUUCCAAACCAUCUAAAGAAGAAGCCUGUUAAAGCCAGGUCAACAAGGACAUCAAGACGCGCGUUGGAAACAAUCAAGGAUCACGUCCCUGCUCCCAAACCUCCAAAGCUUUCAGUCUCUGAUCACCAUUAUGCCCUCAAUCCUGAUCAAGUAAAGAAAAAGCUAUCUGAUGCUCAAGCAAGGAUUGAGGAGCUGGAGCGACAACUCAGAAAUGCUAAGGAUCGAGAAAGAAGACAGAAGCAAACUUUAAAGUCACUCCUAGAACAAUUAGAAGAUAAAGGAAUGAUUUCAGAGGAAAUACAGAUCCAGCUGCUCCAGGAAUCUGAUGAAGACAUCACGAAGCCAGAUGCUUGUGUGAAGGCUUCAAGCGAUUGCUGGGAUCACACCACCGGACAAGAGCUGCAGAGUUCCUAAAAUCCCAACUGUGCUCCCUGCUGUUCCACAAGGUUUUUUUAAACGUGUUCACCGCUUAUCCACAAAAAGGUUGUUACUUAUUUCGGCCACCAGAAAUUCUGAAUAAAGAGUGAUGGUUGUAAGUUUAAAACUUGUUGACUGAAGAAUUAUUGGAAAAUUACAUUUUUAAUAAAACCAUCGGUCCAUUGCCACAACGUUCUUGUUUUGACUAGUUCAUAUUGUAGUGUGUCUGAGGGGACAUUUUCGUUUGUGUUCACUGCUAAAGCAAUAUAGGUCUUUAAGGCAUAGUCAAUGUAAUCCAUGAGAAUUACAGUAAAAUAUCCUUUUAGAGUUAAUUUUCUUUCCCAUCCAGUUAAGUGUCCAGGUGAUCAUACAAGAUGAGAUGAAGACUCUUUUUUUGGUAAAAAUUGACAUGUAUUAUUUUUGUGAAAACUUGAGGCUUUUUGAAAUCUGUUAAAUUUGUUUCUAUGAAGUAUUUCUGGACCCAUUCAAUAAAUUAGAAUGUUAUUGAAAAGUGUAUUUCAGUAACUCAACUGUGAGAGACAAAAUCUUAAAAAAUGCACAAAAUCAUUCUGUAUGAUAUUUAAAUGAUUAAUUUGCAUUUUAUUGUAUAAAGGACUUGAUAUAAUAGAAAAAUUAAACUUUCCAAUUUACAACAGUUUACAAUUACAGA